CAACAACAAAGUGUCCAACCGCCUCAAACAAGGUCAACAGAUCAACCAACUCGACAACUGAAUUUACUCCCACCUUCAAAAUACUCACAAACACCUCAAAAACAACAUCUAACAACUGGAAGCCCAGUUAACACUACUCAGCCACAAAACCUCUUUGACAUUAUGGAUCAGAACGACCAAAAGGCUCAACAACCAAAAUCAAAUGCGGUGUUUGGAGCGAAUACUGUGAAACCACAAGUUAGUUCGGCUCAGAUAUUCGAUAAUUUGGCUAUACCAGCCCCACAAGGAAACAGAGGUGGAAAUACUUAUGACUUCUCUUCACAGAAAAAGGUCGAUUUUAUGCAAUUCUACACACAACCACAACAACAAACCCUUCAACAACCCGCUCAGCAAUAUUAUCAACAACCAUACCAACAACAAUACCAACAGCAACAACAACCAAUGUUCCAGACACCACAAAGAGACUAUUCCUCGAUUGGGAAGUAUUACGUUUAA